CCCGAGUUCCUAGAGCCAAUAAACAAUUCCCAAUUAUUAAAAAAUUUAAAAAAAGGGAAAAAAGAAAAGAAAAACCCUGAGAAAACUCAGCCGAAGUAACCAUGCUUAGCAGCGCCAGCAAUAGGGUAUUGACAUUUACAUUGCAAUUCUCCUCAUCUCUCAAAUUCUUACCCAAAACCCAUAUUGACUAUCGACCCAGGAGCCUUCAUAGCUCAAUCAUGAGCUCUGCUUCUCGUUCCUCUCCAAGAGAAGCCCUAUUAGAUGAUAGUGGUUGCGGUGGCCCCAUCACGUUGGAAGAAUGGCAACGAUGGGGCUGCAUAUCUCCAGUACCAGCAAUGGUAAAUGCUGUCAUUCAGGAUUUGAAGCUUCUGGAGAAUAAUAUUGAUGCCCACAUGGUUUUUGGUGGUAAUGGUGGUAAAUUACAGGGGGAUUUUAAAAUCCAGGAGGAUAAGAAGCACAGAGCAAGAUAUGAGACAUUGGCUGACUCAGACAAAAAGUUCCAAUUCUAUUCUGCUCGGCAAAUAGCAUGCCGGUUGCUCGGAAGUCGGGGCUAUCUCUGCCAGAAGUGUUGGCUUCCUAUGGAAGAUUGUAUGUGCUCAAAAGUCAAGCCUUCCUCACUAUGGCAUGGCAUAAAAUUUUGGGUGUAUAUGCACCCAAAGGAUUUUCUACGGCAGAACAACACUGGCAAGUUGUUAUGGCAAGUAUUUGGUGUUCAAGCUGCAACUUUGUGUCUUUAUGGAAUUUCUGAAGAUGAGGAGAUCAUGUGGAAUGCAUUUAAGGAUGCAGGAAAAGCCAAGGUUUGGUGCCUUUAUCCAAACCACAACAAUGCACCAAAGACAGUUCAGGAUGCCUUUAGCCAUCAAAUUUCAGCAGAUAUGGAAUGUGCAUAUUCGUUGACAAAUAAAGAUAGACCUCUGAAUUUUGUUUUGAUUGAUGGUACAUGGAGCAAUUCUGCAGCAAUGUUCAGGCGUGUAAAGGAGCAAGCAAAGUUGGCCUGGGGAGAGGAAGACAUCCCUUGCAUAUCUCUUGCCACAGGUGCAUCUGCAAUGCAUAAACUUCGUCCUCAACCAUCAUGGGACCGUACUUGUACAGCCGCAGCAGCUAUUAGUGUUCUUGCUGAGCUGCAGCUUCUUCCAGAGUGCAGCACCCAUGGAUUGGAUAAACAGGCUGAAGCAGUUGAAGAUGCUCUAAUUGUCCUGUUAGAAGUACUGACGACUCGACGCCUUCGGAUGGGCAGGUCCAUUACUCGUAAAGUAAGACACUCUAGGGACAUUUGUUAACAGCCAACCAAUUGAAUGAGAUACCUGAUGGUGAUCAGAAGCAAGCUUACUCCAAUUUAGGUUCCUAUAUUCGGAUUCAAUUGCAUCAACAACUACUGAUAGAUAUGUAGUGAGGUGUCAAGUAACAAGCUGUGCAUUGACUGCUAAGCUCUUCAAAUUGUAUUUUGAUAUAUAGAGGUAGGUAUCUCUAUUUCAUUGUAAACUUUGCCUACAAGGCUUUUUAUUCUCAAUCUAGUAUUUACUGCUGAUUGCAAACUGGAUAGAACUUGCUUUAUUUGAAAUUUACCACAGUUACCAAUCAAA